UUUUUUUUUUAUUAGGUGGAUGAUUACAAUCUCCUGGCAUGUAAUUGAUGGCUUAAAUCUCCAAGACCAAGUCAGUAUUUGGGGCGAUUUUCAGCGAGUGGGGCACUGCCAUUCAGUCUCUCUGCUUUUUAAAUAUUCGUCAUUUGACGCUCUUCUCAAUCCAUCAUCUGGAAACCCCUCAUAGCAUAGCAGCAGAGCAGUUGAAAAUGAAGGCGUACAUGUACGAUAACGUGCCAGGCGACCAGCGUCUGCCUCAUGACUCUGGCCGAGAGGUGACGGCUAGCGACUUGGCCACCAUCGGCGUGCUCUACCGUCGCCUUGCCGAAACCAGCGAGGUGGACGUGCUGGCGGCCGAACGUGGAUACAAGAACCGCGAUGAGAUUGUCGUGUCGCCCGAGAAGAUGGGCGACGUCUAUGAGGACAAGGUCAAGAUGUUCUUCAACGAGCACUUACACGAGGACGAGGAGAUUCGGUACAUCCGGGGCGGCCAGGGCUACUUCGACGUCCGGAACAAGGGUGACGAGUGGGUGCGCAUUCAGUUGGAAAAAGACGAUCUCAUCAUUCUGCCCGCCGGCAUCUUCCACCGCUUCACCACUGACGAGUCCAACUAUGUCCACGCCAUGAGGCUCUUCAAGGAUGAGCCAAAGUGGACUCCCCUGAACCGCGCUCCAGAGCUGGACGGCAAUGACAUCCGUAAAGAGUAUGUCGGCCAGUAUCUCAGCUGAACUAACCAGCGACCGAGGGGGGAAAAAAAUAAAAAAUAAAAAAUAUAAAAAAAUUAAAAAUCAUGGCGAUUGUCUCAGCAGUAGUCAUUGUAGUUAGCAGCUUAGAUGUGGACAAUUACAAAGUCAUUUGGAAAGAA